UUUCAUUUUAAAAUCCUAAAUUGACCCCAACCCAUUGAAUGCCUAGAUGCUAACGCAGUGUGGUGUUGUAUUCAGCUGUGGUGUAUAUUUUAUACUCGGUACAAGCACAAGCAGAGUAAAGGAAACGAGAAAGCCAAACUCAAAAAGGAUCACAGAGUUUAGCUGCAAUCGGCGCUUUGUCUGGCCUUCCAAUUCAUCUACACAUCAGGGGUUAAAAUGCAGACGAGGUACAUGGAAAGAACAAACUCUAUGAAAGGUCGAGGGAAAAGGAGCUUGGAAGGUGGUGAUGAAGAAGAGCAGCAGGAGUCUGAUCGAAAGAGACCUGCUCUAGCGAGCGUUAUUGUGGAAGCUCUAAAGGUGGAUAGUCUCCAGAAGCUUUGCUCAUCUUUGGAACCAAUUCUCCGGAGAGUGGUUAGUGAAGAAGUUGAACGAGCUUUGGCUAAACUGGGCCCUGCGAGACUUGAAGGAAGGUCAUCAUCACCUAAACGAAUUGAAGGUCCGGACGGGAGAAACUUGCAGCUCCACUUUAGGUCUAGGCUUUCUCUUCCACUUUUUACUGGAGGGAAAGUAGAGGGUGAACAAGGUGCCGCUAUUCAUGUUGUGCUAAUAGAUGCUAACACGGGCCAUGUUGUAACAUCUGGUUCCGAAUCCUCUGUGAAGUUGGAUGUCAUUGUGCUGGAAGGAGAUUUCAACAACGAGGAUGAUGAGGGCUGGAGUCAGGAGGAAUUCGAGAGCCACAUUGUUAAAGAACGCGAAGGAAAGAGGCCUCUUUUGACUGGGGAUUUGCAAAUUACCCUGAAAGAAGGUGUUGGCACUCUUGGUGAUCUAACCUUUACGGAUAAUUCGAGCUGGAUAAGGAGCAGGAAGUUCAGACUUGGUUUGAAAGUUGCGUCAGGAUAUUGUGAGGGAAUACGCAUUCGGGAAGCGAAAACGGAAGCUUUCACUGUCAAAGAUCACCGUGGGGAAUCACUAGUCAAGUUCUGGACAGUGUUAUCAAAUGGUGGCCAUGGCGGAUUGGCGUUAUGUACCAUCUCGAAUUAUUUACCUGAGUUAGUGUCUUUACUUCUGGCAGUGUACAAGAAACAUUAUCCACCCGCUCUGAAUGAUGAAGUAUGGAGAUUGGAGAAGAUCGGGAAGGAUGGAUCAUUCCAUAAGAGGCUCAACAAUUCAGGGAUAUAUACUGUUGAGGACUUCCUGCGGUUUGUGGUCAGGGACCCUCAGAAAUUGAGGAGUAUCCUUGGAAGCGGUAUGUCAAAUAAGAUGUGGGAUGCUCUCAUCGAACAUGCCAAGACUUGUGUCCUGAGUGGGAAGCUUUAUAUCUAUUACCCUGAUGAUACAAGAAAUGUUGGUGUUGUUUUUAACAAUAUCUAUGAGCUGAGUGGCCUCAUAGCUAACGAUCAAUACUAUCCAGCAGAUUCACUUUCUGACAGCCAGAAGGUUUAUGUGGAUGCCUGGGUGAAGAAAGCAUAUGAUAAUUGGAAUCAAGUUGUGGAGUAUGAUGGGAAGUCUCUGUUAAAUUUCAAGCAAGUUAAAAAAUCGAGCACAUCAAGAAGUGAUUUUACCCUGGGACCGGCUAACUGCUCUCAGCCAUUGGACAAUCAGCUUCAACCACAGAGACUUCCGGCUACAGUUCCAUCUGAAACUUCAGCUCUGGACCCGAGCAUGCUAAUAGGAGGUUCUAGUUACCACGACAACAUGAAUCCCGGAUAUCCCGCCCAGACGACCCACCUCAUAAACCCCAGUUUACGCACCAACUUCGAACUCGACUCUUUCACCCACCCCAACCCCACAUACGACAAACUAGCAACACCGUUUGAUGAUUGGACCGCCAGCCGCAACAAGGGGAUCAUCAGCAAUGACGAGUUUUUAUCCGAGGAAGAGAUCCGCAUGAGGAGCCACGAGAUGCUGGAGAAUGACGACAUGCAGCAUUUGCUUCGGCUUUUCAGCAUGGGUGGUGGGAGUGGGGCCCACACGUCCAUCAAUGGUGGGCCCGAAGAUGGUGGGUUUGGAUUUCCUUCUUAUGUGCCCUCUCCUAUGCCUGGAUUCAAUUAUGGGGAGGACCGGGCUCGUUCGGGCCGGGCUGUUGCUGGCUGGCUGAAAAUCAAGGCUGCUAUGAGGUGGGGCAUAUUUAUUAGGAAGAAGGCAGCUGAGAGGAGGGCUCGUAUUGUGGAGCUUGAGGAUGAGUAAGUAAAACAAAUCGAGCUUGUCUAGUAAUGUGUCUUUAGACUCUGCUAGAAUGGGGAUGUAAUAUUCGUAGUAGUCAGUCAGACGUCUGAAAUUUCUUGUUCCCUUUGUUGGGAAACGAAUGAUAUCGUGUACAGGAUAUUUCGAAUACUAAGUUUGUUUGGUUUAUUUGUGUUUGAGUGUACGUAUGUUGAACUUGUUAUUAGGAUUUGUGAUAUGAUGUCAAACAUAGAUAAACGAGUGUGCCCUCGUAACUCUCGUGUUCUCAAUUCGGUUGGUUGCAACUUGAAGUUGUAAUCCGUGUUAAAGUCGUGUUUCUACAUUUAUCUUGCGUAGCUUCUUCUUGUUUCUUUCUAUUUGGUUAGGUUGUGAGAAGUUGAGAAAUUUGAUGUUGGACUACUUGACUACUUUUGCCCUGUUUUCAGUUAAUAAUAGAAAUUUCAAAGUUUUCUCUUAGUCACA